AUUGUUGUUCCAAAUUUCUGAGGGGAUUGUUGAACCCCCAUUAUCCUCCCUUGGCUAUACGGCCUUACCAUUCUCUCUCUUCAACAUUAAAAUGGCGGGUUUUUAAAAUUAGGCAAACUUAAGAGUUCUGAUAUCAAAUUUGCUGCAUACUCUUACAAGUGGAUUAAUUCUUUGGAUUAUGGACCCAGAAUCAUAAUAAGUAACUUUCCUAUCAAAAGUGGGAACUACCUACACGAUAUUUUUUAGCGUUUUAAACAAUCAUUUGUGUAUUUUCAUCACAAUGAAAUCAGUGGUUGGCGGAGCGUAAAUAUAAGACCUGCUGCGUCAUUGUAGUUUCAUGAACUCAGUUUUGAAACAAAUGACUCACUACGUUAUGAAUCAAUGUUUGUACCCAAGCCAUGGGGUUGCACGUGGUACACCCCAUAGCGUCAUAUUAUUGGUGGAAUACGGUUCUCACACUUUCAUUUGACUGCGAUUAAAUGUAUCUGGACCCGUCUUCUAAUUUAAAAACAUGUUUUUGAAUCAUUACACCUACGCAUCAGUUACGUAAAUUUGCGAUGAAGCUAAAUGUAUUUGAAAGAGCCCUCGCUUAUGUGUUCCCUAAUUGAUUUCUAAAGAAAUCAAUAACAAAGCCGCGCUGCGUAGGUGAGCAGAAGCGGCGUUAGCAAAAGACGGUCGUCGGCGUUAAAUAUAAACAAAAACGACCGGUCUUCAACUUUAUAAAUAUUUAAACCGGAAAGACGGCGUAACGUUUUAAAUAAUUUGUUGUGACAUUCGAAUUUAAAUUUAUAAUUUCGCUCAUAUGCGUUUAUUUUUACCGUGCUGAUUCAUCCAUUUGUACCUAUCGCGUGUAUUUUUCUCAGUCUCUCAGUUUUGUGUUGCUUUAAGACAAAAUGGCAUCAAAAGUGAUGGUCAAGAUACCGGUUGCACCUUUCGGGCAGGUGACAAAACCCAAAACCUCAAAUCUGAAUGGAGAGUUGGUUACUGGUGGAAGAUCGGAUUUAACGAGUCGUCCCAUUGAUACACCCAAGGGACACGAUGCGUCCAGAGUCGCACAAUUGGAACAAAACAUACGCUUCCUUCAAGAGCAACACACACAAAUGCUCGCCGGUCUUCACAAAGAAGUCGAUAAUCUCAGGCAUCGCAACAGAGAACUACAAUUUCAACUCGUAUUUCUAAAAGGCGGGCUUCCCAGUUCACCGUCAUCUCCCGAGGACGAUACAAAGCCAAAGGCGUAUUUCAGUCCGAAACAAGUGAAUGUCACACCGCUACAGGUGGAAAUAUUAGAAAAGGAAUUGGGUGAACUUAAAAUCCAGCUGCAGGAUAUUGACACGAGAAACGCUUACCUUUCUGCGAUAGUCGAGGAGCAAAAGAAAAAGUUAGAACGAUACGAACGCGAUCGCGAACGAGAGAUCGAACGCGCCACCCAGCCCGAUCCGGAGCUCUUGCGCAAAUUGGAAGACGCCGAAACGAUAAUACGCCGCCUCCGCAGGGAGAACUCCGAACUGCGACAGGACGGCGCCGCGAGUACGAGCGGCGGCGCCUACCAGAAUCAGAGGGGGCAAAAUAAUCGGAGCAACGGCGGACGUAAUCGCGGCAACAGCGCCGGACACUACCGGGGAAACUGGUUUCCGCCUUUACAUGCGCAAACCUACUGGCAUGGUGGCAGGGGUGUCGAGAGAAAUGGAGGAAAUGGCGGCGAUAACACUCCGUUGCCGACACUAAUCCCGAACGGAGGCGGUAAUAAUUCACAGUAUCAAAGUAGACGAGGUUCCAAUAAUAAUCAGUAUCACACUGGUGAAGGAAGGAAGUAUAGGAGCGGACAGAAUAGAGGAUCGAAAGCUUAGACCUCCACUUAAAGGCUGUAUUUAGUAUUUCAAGUAUUACCUAUAUACGUUUACCGAAGUUAUUGGGACAUAGAAUGGGUUUCCUUAUUCAAGCUUUAUAUUUGCAAUUAUCUUGGUACCCUAACUAAUACGCUUUUAAUGUUCAAUACUCUUACUUUACAGUACAAUUACGUUUAUUUCCUAUUUCACGCACCACAGUGUGUUUUAUGUUCUUGCAACGCUGUAUUAAGUAGGGUGUGAUCUUUAAUUGUUUAUUUAAUGUGAUAUUAUACUUAAACUUUUACUAUCUACUAUAUAAUAAAGACUUCUAUAUCUAUACAUAA